UGCAAACGUCGCAAACGCACGACGCUUUGUGUGGUAGGAUACAACCUAUAAAGCUCAUUCUGAGUUUAAUCGUCGAAGAGACAGGUCCAAUUUGAACUUAUAAAAUUAAAUCGAAUUAAAUAUACAACAACAACAUGACAGGGCGUGGUCGAUCUCGUGGAACGCCAGGAUUGCACCAUGCUGACGAAGCACAGCCACGUACUGGUGCUGGCCGUGGACGGCCACAACAAACCCCACUGGCUCCUGUUCCGACUCAACCGGCUCCUGCACCAUUCGUUCCGCCAGCUUCACGAGGAUCUGGAGAAUCAAAAGGCAGAGGCCGACCUCAUGUGGUUGUGCAACAACCACCGCCACAACAGUCUGCAGAGCCACCACAAGCACCCGCAUCACGUGGUGGAAACGGUGGGAAUGGCGGCGGUGUCGGAAAAGUGGAUCGUGGUUCCGUUCGAGCUAGAAAUAUCAUCACGGAUAUUAUCCAAACGAAGCCGCAAAACAUUCAGUCGAAAAAGGGAACGUCAGGUCAACCGGUAGCACUAUUAACGAAUCACUUUCGCCUGCUGAAGCAGCCCAACUGGCAGCUGUAUCAAUACCGAGUGGACUUCAGCCCACAGAUUGAGCUCCGCGGACUGCGUAAUCGACUUAUUUACGAACAAAAACCUACGUUGGGUGGAUACUUGUUCGACGGAACGAUGUUGUUCCUUUCGGUAAAGCUGCCGAAUGAAGUGACUGAGUUUAUGUCCAAAAAUCGCGAGGGCGAACCGAUCCAGACGACGGUCAAAUACAUCAAUCCCAUCGAUAUGACUGCAGCCGUUUCCGUGCAGAUAUUGAAUUUGAUAUUGCGGCGAAGUAUGGAAGCAUUAAAGCUGCAAUUGGUUGGCCGAAACUUCUUUGACGCAGUUGCAAAAGUCGAUAUUCCUCAACAUCAGUUGCAGCUCUGGCCUGGCUAUCUCACUUCUAUUCGACAGCACGAAAACGACAUCAUGUUAUGCGCUGAAGUUACCAACAAAGUGAUGCGUACAGAAACAUUGUACGACAUCCUGCAAAACUGCGUCCAGAACGAGCGGUCAAACUUUCAGAUUGCGUACGAAACCGCAGUUCUUGGUAUGACGGUACUCACAGCGUACAAUAACAAAACGUACCGGAUUGAUGGCAUCGACUUCAAAAUGUCCCCGAAAGAGACAUUUGACACACGCGAUGGCGGUAAGAUUUCCUUUGUACAAUACUACAAGGACAAGUACCACUUGUCGAUUCGUGAUGCCAAUCAGCCGUUACUGGUUUCGAAAUCAAAAGAGCGCGAUCGUAGAGGCGGAGAGCCCGAAUUGAUUUUAUUGGUUCCGGAAUUAUGUCGAGCAACCGGUUUGACCGACAAUAUGCGAGGUGACCAUCGACUGAUGUCGGCAGUGGCAGUUUAUACAAGACUAGCGCCAAAAGCUAGAAUCGAUCGACUAAAUGCGUUCAAUCAACGCCUUCAGAACACUGCCGAAAGUACGCUGAAUCUCAAAGAGUGGAACUUCACUUUGGACAAGAACAUGGUUCAGGUGAAUGGUCGCCAGUUGGCUAAUGAAAAGAUUGUUUUCGGAAACAAUAAGACGGCGGUGACCAACCAUGAAGCGGACUGGUCUCGCGAAUUUAGAAACAUCUCGAUGUACACCUCUCAGCAUUUGAAAAACUGGGUGGUAAUUGUACCACAACGGAAGCGGCGCGAGGCAGAAGAUUUCAUUGGAAUUCUGCAGAGAGCGGGAAGUGGAAUGCGAUACGAAGUGGUAAAACCACAAAUCAUUGACAUUCCGGAUGAUCGAGGCCAGACUUAUUCCAACGCUCUGGACCAAGCAUUCCGGGGAGAUCCUCAACUGGUCAUGUGUAUUGUGUUGAACAACAAUGGAGACAAGUACAGCCUAAUCAAGAAGAAAUGCUGUGUGGAACGGGCUAUUCCGUCUCAAGUCAUGGUUGUGAAGACGAUAACUCCAAAACAGGGCAAAGAACUUGGUUCUCUGAUGUCCGUUGGAACGAAGGUUGCCAUACAAAUAAAUAGCAAGUUGGGUGGGGCACCAUGGAUGGUAGAAAUGCCAAUUCCAGGUCUCAUGGUCGUUGGUUUUGACGUGUGCCACGACGCUAAGGAUAAAUCGAAAUCGUACGGGGCGUUAGUCGCUUCGAUGGACAUGAAGAAGGCACAGAAUUAUUUCUCUGCCGUUACACCACACAAAAAUGGCGAGGAAUUGAGCAAUCAACUCGCCCUGAAUAUUGUGAAAGCGUUGAUGUGCUUCAAAGGGCAGCACAACGCUCUACCGGAGCGAAUUGUCAUCUACCGAGAUGGUGUCGGUGAGGGCCAGACCAACUAUGUCUUUGAACACGAAGUCAAGAACAUCCUCAGUAAACUGAACGAACAUUAUGGCAGCGCAGCGAAGGAGUUGAAAUUCUCCUUUAUCGUCGUUUCGAAGCGUAUCAACACGAGAUUCUUCAAAGGCGGCAUCAAUCCGAAUCCGGGCACGGUUGUUGACGAUAUUGUCACACUGCCAGAAAGAUUCGACUUCUUCUUGAAUUCGCAAUACGUGCGAAAUGGCACUGUUUCACCAACCAAUUACAACGUUCUUUACGAUACAAGUGGUUUGUCACCCGAUCGUCUUCAGAUUCUCUCCUACAAAAUGACUCAUCUGUACUACAAUUGGUCCGGUACGUUGGCUGUACCAGCCGUAUGUCAGUAUGCCCACAAGUUGGCAUUUUUGGUUGGCAACUUCAUUCAUCAGUCGCCGUCGAACAUACUCGAGAAGCAGCUGUACUUCCUGUAAAGCAAUUUUCACUUUGUGGACGUGCAAGGCGUAAGAUUUGGACAAAAAAUCGUUUUUUUUUUACAUUUUAUUAAUUUUUCGUUAAAUUGGGUAUGGCCGCCAUGACCAUUCAAAGAGCCAAUUGAAUUAUUUUUUUAACUUUUUAAAAGCUCAAUCAUAAGAUUGAUGGUUACCAUUCCAUAUCAAGCCAGACUUGUGUGAAUUGAACAAACUUUUUUUUGUAGCAAUACUUUUGUAAGAGAUAACAACUAGCCUAUGAACUAGGCUCUGCAAUUAAGCAAGACUUAAUAGCUCAAUCGAGCAAUAGACUUUCUUUGUGACAAAUA